CACGCGCGCGCGCGGAUUACAACCUCUCACACACCGUCCGCGCGCACAUCCCACCACAUCACAUCUGCCCGGAUGUUUACGUAACAACCCCGUCGCCUUAGAUAGGGGUCAGGAAGCGGAGCAGGCACGGAGCUACGACAUUUUUUAAUUUUUUUUUUUUUGCAGUAAUGUCCCUUUAACCUGGAGACGACCGCGACGACCGUCACAUUCCUUCAUACGGGAUUUAUUUUUUUGAAAUCGCGCGACCACAUGUAGCACAUCCUUUUUGUUGUUGUUAUUACAAUUAUUAUUAUUAAAAAAAAUUCGGUAGCCGUCCUCACACAGACCGGACACCGAGUCUCCCCGGUGAUGGAGGACGCGGGUGGAGCGGCAUUAACGGCGCCCUGGCGGUGGCCGAGCCCUCGCGCAAGGAUGCUCUGGAUGUAGAGGACGCCGCGCGCGCUGCUGCGUGUGUGUGUGUGUGUGUGUGUGUGUGUGUGUGUAAAUAAAAUAUGGGGAAAGAUCAAGAACUCUUGCAGGCGGUGAAGACUGAGGACCUGCUCACGGUGCAGCGGCUACUGCAGAGACCCAAACAGGGCAAAUCCAAGCUCCUGGGUUCUGCCAAGCGGAUCAACGUGAAUUUUCAGGACACAGACGGGUUCUCAGCCCUUCACCAUGCGGCGUUGAAUGGUAAUGUGGAGCUGAUCGCUCUGCUGCUGGAGUCACAAGCCGUCGUCGAUAUCAAAGAUCAGAAGGGGAUGCGACCGCUGCACUACGCUGCCUGGCAGGGAAAAUGCGAGCCAAUGAAAAUGCUGCUGAAGGCGGGAUCGUCAGUCAACAGCCAAUCGGAUGAAGGACAGAUUCCACUGCAUCUCUCAUCCCAACACGGCCAUUACGAUGGAAGUGAGAUGUUGUUGCAGCAUCAGUCCAACCCCUGCAUCAGAGACCACGCUGGAAAAACCCCUCUGGACCUGGCCUGUGAAUUUGGACGUGUCUCGGUGGUGCAGCUACUCCUGAACAGCAACAUGUGCGCUGCUAUGCUGGAGCCGAAGCCGUCGGAUCCCAAUGGCAUCAGCCCACUUCACCUGGCCGCCAAAAACGGACACAUCGACAUCAUCAAGUUGCUAAUCCAGGCUGGCAUAGACAUAAACCGUCAGACGAAAUCUGGCACGGCGCUGCACGAGGCUGCACUCUGUGGGAAAACCGACGCCGUUCGCCUCCUUCUAGACAGUGGCAUUAGUGCCAGUGUGAGGAACACGUACUGCCAGACAGCACUGGAUAUCGUAAAUCAGUUCACCACGACACAAGCCAGUCGAGAGAUUAAACAGAUGCUGAGAGAUGCCUCUGCAGCCAUGCAGGUGAGGGCACUCAAAGACUACUGCAACAACUAUGACCUGACGAGCCUGAACAUCAAAGCAGGCGACAUCAUCACGGUCCUGGAACAGCACUCUGAUGGCCGCUGGAAAGGCUGUAUUCACGACAACCGCACAGGAAAUGACCGUGUUGGAUACUUCCCCUCCAACAUGGUGGAGGUCAUCAAGAGGGCAGGACCCUCUACUCAGCAGUAUCUUAAGAUACACAUCCGUCCGCCGGCAAUUGGCUCAGUUGCCAUGGUGAACGGUGACUCCCACAUUCUCUCUCUUCCCCUGACCUCUUUGCCCCCUCCUCCCUCCCUGAUCUCUUCCCAUCAGCCCCUGUUCACCUCAUUCGGGUAUAACACACCCACCUGCAGCUCAUUUGCGUUCGAACCGCCCUCCUCCCGCUCAGAGGGGCCGAAAAGAGCGAAAGGUUCCCGAGGUUCGGUGUCCAGCCCCCAUGGCUCCCCGACGUUAAGUGGGCAGCAAAGCAGUUCCAGUGAGGAGAUCUGGGUCCUGAGGAAACCUUUAGCAGGUGCUGGCAGCACAGGGAGCCUUACCAGUGGCCGCUCUUCAGUCAGUGGUCCGGUGGACAAUGCCAAUGCUCAUCUUGCCAGCUCCCCUGUGCCUGUCCCAACCACGCCAACACAUUCCCCAGGGCUCAACACACAUGGCGUUAACGUGCCUGGGCUACACGCACAGGCAGAGGGGGUAAAGUUGCUGGCUACAGUAUUGUCUCAGUCAGCCAAAGCAAAAGAACAUCUCCUGGAGCAGGACCCCAGUGCAGCUUCUUCGCAACUUACCCAGAGUGCACCUGGUGGUCCACGUCCAGAAAAGAAAAAAACAUUUGUUGAUCCUUUACUACAGAGAAAAGAUAGUGCUGCAACAGAAAGCAAGAGCUCAGAGGCCGUGGCUGAAUGGCUUACUAGCGCUCAGCUACAGUUUUAUACAACAAACUUUCUUACAGCUGGAUACGAUCUUCAGACCAUCAGUAGGAUGACACCAGAGGAUCUGACAGCAAUUGGGGUGACAAAACCUGGACACAGGAAAAAGAUGCUGUCUGAGAUUAGCAAACUCUGCAUUCCUGACUGGAUACCUAAAGAGAAACCAACUAGCCUAGCAGAGUGGUUGUCCCUGAUUGGACUUAGUCAGUACUAUCAGACUCUUGUCCAAAAUGGUUACGACAACAUGGACUUUGUCAGUGACAUCACCCUGGAGGACUUGCACGAGAUUGGCAUCACCAAGCUGGGACAUCAGAAGAAGUUAAUGUUAGCUGUUAACCGUUUGGGAGAACCUCUGAAAAAGGAGGACACUUGCAAGGAAAGGCAGUCCAAUGAAAGCACAACUUCAAAACAACAAGCUGCUCCAGAAUCCACCCCUGCACCAAGGGCACGCAGAGGAAUUGAAGGACAUGGCUCUCCACGGCACACCACCCAGGGGCGUGGUAUACAACGAGCAAAUGCUCCACCUCCUCUAAAAAAGCCUGCUUUGUGCAACAGUCCAGCCCACACACCACCACAUACACCCACUAAAGUCAAAAGUUCAUCCCCUCACUCAAAUUCUCAAGCCCGCCCAGUCCCGUUGCUCUGUCUUCCCCAUGAAAGCACAGUUGAGGAAGAUGAAGAUGGCACACCUCCUUUACCUAGACGGAAAGACCCACCCUUCCCUGAUUCAUCCAUGAAAUAUGCCAUGGUGGGUGGGGGUAACCGUACAGCGUCCUCCCUGGAUGUUGGAGGGGUAAACCGUAGCCAGUCCUUUGCCACAACACGACCUCGCAGGAAGACACGCCCCCCUACACCUCCAAAGCGCUCUUGCUCCUCCAUCUCCACAGGGAACCUGCUAAAUGAAGGCGGGGUUAACCAAGGCGAGCCGUGUGAUUCGUUUCUCAGUGUGACAUACAGAGAACGGCGCCGUAGCGACUGUGGACCUGCAUCUGAAUCAGGGGUUUUAGGUGGAAGCGUUCGAGACAUUGCUGCCAUGCUAGAAAUGUCCACAUUAGGGGGCAGGACAAAAAGUGGUAGCAGGAAUUACUUACAGGCAAGCCCAGACAUUCUCAGAAGAAACCGUGACACUCUGAGUUCAGACGAAGAGAUCCAGUGUCGACGUCGCACAAUCAGCGGCCCUAUAACUGAUUAUGAGAAUCCCAUUGCACAGCAAGAUGGCACCCAACAAGUUACUAAAUUUCUGCCAUUUACUGAAGAACCAGUGGAAAAUCUCCAUGUGAGGCGAACUCCAGAGCCCCGACCCCGCUCUAUGCUCACUCAAGAAGAAUGGUCACGUGUAGAUGCCACAGCGACCUUAAGGAGGCCCCGCACACCUCACGACGUGGGCAGUGAGAGGUUCCAGCUCACUGAAACCAGCACUGUGAGAAGACGGCCAAAGGUCAUAGCACCAUCUCAGAUAGAUGAUGUAGCUGCAAAUGCACCAGAUGGUGCUAUUCGUGUAAGACCCGUAUCAGAGGUGGAAAAUAUGUAUAGGGAAAGUGAUAUGAGUGAUGAUUUUAGGCGAGCAUUGAAGCCUCCAGUUUCCCCCAAACCAGCCUUGGGCCUCAGAAAGCUUGAGCCUCCCACUCCAACCAGGAGAGUUCCACUUCCAGGACUGGAGAACCAACACAGCACAGUGGAGGUCAAAAAAGUUCCACCGGCUGUGUCUCCAAAGCCAAGCCCUCCUCCAACACUUCCUAAACCAAUCAAAAUAAAGCCCCUGCCAACACACACACUUACCCCACCCAGUGAGCUAAACACACACCCACUCUCCCCGACUGUUCUUUCUGAGCAAGAGGAACAUCCCGUACUGAGUCCAUCAACCCCGACUCCGAAACCAGCAGAGUCCCACACUUUGUCCCCACGACCGUUGACAUCUCCUGCUCAGAGCCCACAAACUCCACAAACUCCCUCUACUCCCGGGAGUGGAUCUGCCCCGGUCAAACCUCCAAGAUCCUCCAUGGCAGGGCUGUCAGUGGACAUUCCCAGCCCUUUUGAGGCAGAGCCACGAGAGGUGGAAAAACACAGUGAGGAUGAUGAGAGGAAAAGGCAGAGGAAGGAGGCAGCAGUGGUUAAGGGGCAAGAGAUAGGAACCUCUAAUGAGGUCACAAGGGUCACAGAGGGGUCAGGGCAGGUGCUGAUGAGGCGCAGGAAAGUAGGUGUGGCCAGACAGAUGCCAAUUGAGGGAGAAAUUGAAAGCACAACAGAAGAUGGUUGUGUAACUGCAGAGGAAAUUCCACAGGGGGCACCAAUUGCCAGAGGAUUGGAUGAAGCCAGACUUCAUGGGGAAGAAGAAAUAUACCAGCUAAGGCUAGAUGAGACCAGUGCUUCCUUAGCUGCAGCGCUGGAGGUUGUAGAGGAAAGGAUCAUGACUGAAGACAAUUCUACAAUGGAGAAUAAAAGCACAGUCAACAUUCUCGACGACAUUGGAAGCAUGUUUGAUGAUCUCGCUGACCAGUUGGAUGCCAUGCUGGAUUGAAAAAAAAAGCACAAAUAAAUCAUAGACACAAAAGCACAGCAUAGUCUUCAUCUGAGCGCCAGAUCUAUUUAAAGCCUUGCUUUAAUGAUCAAGCUAAUCCAAGGGGAAUUACAAUAAACGAUAUGAUAAACAUGGACUUGUUUAUAAAGUUGUGGACCUUCUGGAUGACAGAUAUCUUGGGUUUAAAAUGUGAAAUCCUGAAACAUCCAUGUUUGGUGAAGGUUUUGGAGCCAGGAUGUACGGACCGCUCUCAUGCUGCUUCCAGAGAUAAGCACAAAUAAAUGCUAACAAACUAUUUAAACAUUGUUAAGGUCAAGAAAUGCUAGCAAUGUGUCAGAGUGUAUGUGUGUGUGUUUCUGUGUGUACUAUGUUUGGGCUUUUCUUCACUGGCGAUCGACGUUCGUGUAUUCAUUUUUCAGAAAUAAUUGGAAUCACCAUUUUUGUGCUUUAAUGUGAAGCUGGCUAUGAGGUUUGGUGAUAACUCAGAUUUCAAAGGGGAACACGGGGAAAACAAAAAGGAAGAAUAUGCUAAAGAUUGAGGAAUUUUGCUUGGUAGCUAAAAAAAAGUAGGACAAGCCAUUUAAUGGGUUCCCCUUUGAAUCCAUAUUUUAAAGCAAAAAAAAAACCUGAGAUGUUGUGAUCCUUAUGUUGUCACUGUAUUUGUUUGUGCGUGAAUGUGUUUAAUUGUGUAGUUUCUGCAUUGACAAAUCCCAAUUUUCAGCAGAUAGAGCAGUGUAAUUUAUAAUUUAUAAUUUAUAAAUGCUGCGUGACAUAGUGUAAAUGUGACAUAUAGAUUACAGAGUAGAAUUUGGAAUGCAACAAGCACCCCUUCGAUCCCAAUUAAUGUGAACGAGCAUUAUGGGCCGUAUUCAGAGUGCCAAAGUCAUGCUGGGAAAGUUACAGAGUUGGGUUCUGCACCAGUUUAAGUUAGUUUUCUCAGUUUGCGCCAUUCAGAUGAUUCAAAUAACCUGUGUGUAGUUCAUGCAUCUCAGGAUGCCAGAUUUUUCUUGAGUAGAGCACCUAAGACCAACAGCAUCUAGACCACCACUUUUAAACCUAAAAAGUAAAACA